CUGCAGUGAUCGAGCUCAUGCUUCUGGUCUCAAAACACUUGACCUCGAACGGUGGCCAAGCGCUCGAAUAGCAGCGACGUGGAAGCUCCUGCGCCGCAACCAGCCUGAAUUCCUCAGCCGAGCAAACCAAGCAGCGAAAGCGCUCGCACUUAUCCCCAGCCGCAGGUACCCGAGCACCGAACACCACCGCACUCUUCCCCAGCGCAAACGAAGCGAAAAACAAGCAUGGCGCGCCGCAGCGGCAUGAUGCUCCUCCUGCUCUCCGCGGCGCUGCUUGCCGUCGCCGCGGCCGCGACCGUGCCGCCGCCUUCGUGCGAGCGCAUCGAGUGCCCGGCGUACGAGGUGGUGGACAGCGCCAACGGGUUCGAGAUCCGCCGGUACACGGACGCCAUGUGGGUGUCCACCGCGCCCAUCGAGGACAUCUCCUUCGUCGCCGCCACGCGCACCGGCUUCCUCCAGCUGUUCAACUAUAUCCAGGGGAAGAACGCGUACAACGAGACCAUCGAGAUGACGGCGCCGGUGCUGACGCAGGUGUCGCCCAGCGACGGGCCCUUCUGCGCCUCCUCCUUCGUCGUCAGCUUCUACGUGCCGGCGAAGAACCAGGUGGACCCGCCGCCGGCCGAGGGCCUGCGCGUGCAGCGGUGGGCCGGGGCCAGGUACGCGGCCGUGCGCCGGUUCGGCGGCUUCGUGGCCGACGCGGACGUCGGCGAGCAGGCCUCCCGGCUCGACGCCAGCCUGCAGGGGACCAGGUGGGCCGCUGCCGUGAACGAGGGCCGCAGGGCGGACCCGGCGUCGUCCUACACCGUGGCGCAGUACAACUCGCCCUUCGAGUUCAGCGGCAGGGUCAACGAGAUAUGGAUGCUCUUCGACGCCACGGAGGCCUCCAUGUAGUGUAAUUAAGCCUCGAAGACGUGCAUGAAACGAAGAGUAGCUGCUGGUAUAAUGCAGUGUCUUCUCAGCGGAUGAAUAAUGGCUUGAACAAGUGCUCAAGUGAAUACUGUUUUGCACUGUAUUUACUUGCGAGUAAUAAGAUGACUUUGUUGUUGUAACAGGAACAAUGCUCGUAAUAUGCUUUGCUCAUGGUAAAUUGAUGUCACUGGUUUUCUUUUCUGAUAUCAA